GUAAUAUCCAUAUCUAUCAGAGUCCAGGAUGGUAAAAUCCCAGGUCUCAUUCCCACUGUGGUAGAACAAACUUUCCGAAGGUCCCCUCAACAGGGCGGCUCCAGGCCGGACUCUCCUGCCGAAGUGGACUCGCCGGGCGCCUCUACCAGUGCUCCGUCGCGGUACUCCUCGACGCAAAGCUCGUGAUGUUUCAGACUCUCCCAUUGCAGGAUGCCCUCGACGACGUUCUCGACGAGCGCGCUAAAUGCUAUAGUGGUGGUCCAUUGCCUGCAGCGAGUGCUUAUUGGGUACAGGCAUGGAUGGAAACUGUUUGCCUUCGUCCUGGAGCUCAUUUUAUGGCUGCCGUAUAUCUUCCUCCCAUCGAAGCUGAGCCACGGUUGAGGGUAAGCGAUCACUAUACUAGUCCAUGUCGAUGGCUCCCAAGUUUUAGACGCCAUAAGUGGCGUACCGGAAUAUACCCUGAGGGCUCGAGAGCUGAUGGUCGUGCGAUUCGCAAAAUUGUCUACAAGUGUACCGGCUGACGCUGAGCUUACCCAAUCCGUAUGGAUAUAACAAGGAUCGGCGGCCUGAUGUCUUGGACGAGACUGGCUACCAGGAAAUGUGGAUGUCCACUUCUUGGGACUCUAUAUGAGCGCUUUGCGCCCGCUGACUAUAGCCACUCCCGCGUCGCGUACCCCAUCCGACGCCACACUGAUAGGACGCUGAUCUCCCCGAGCCAGGGGAACGAAUCAAAUCGCCAGUUUUACUUCAGCAUUGCGAAGAUCCAGCGAACAAGCUGGGUAUCCGGACGUCGUGGCGCAGCCCUAAUCCCCUGCACAAGUUCGGGCUGUAAAAUCGCAUGGGCACGUUUGAAAAUUGAUAGCGACGUCUGCAAAUGAAUGCAUCUACAGAGCGCAAAAUGCGACCUAACGAGAUCUAAGGCCUGACUUCGGAAAGCCCAUAAGUAAGCCCAGUCACUAGACGACCUUAACCCCGCCCGCCCGCGUCCCAACCACGAUCCGCCCCGUCACUUCUGAGAACGCGACGUGUAGAAGAUCCUCUCUCAAAUCAUACGAAUGCACUUCAUACACCGUUCUCGCAUCGAUCUGGGCCGGUCUGCCUCCGGCUGCGGCGGUCCAUGACAGUUCAUCAUCAUCUUCUCCGUCACUGUCAUUGUCACUCUCGGUCUCUUCGCCCUCACCCCCACCAUCGCCCUCGCCCGCCGAUUCUGUCCGUUCUUCAUCCUCCGACUCAGCUUCAAGAGCCCUCGAUCUAUAAGCCGAAAACACAACGACCCGUCUCCAAGGCACACUCUUCGUCCUUUCUACCCAUACUCCUCUCAUUCCCUGUGGACCUAGAGCCGCGGCACCUAUGAACCCCGGUGCGCGGGCGCGCGCUUUUGCUUUUCCUAGUUGUCGAUGUGAGUGUGGGCGGGUGGGCGUUGAGGUGGUGGAUGAGGAAGGGGUUGACGUGGUGGCAGUGGAUGAGGUUGUCGGAGAACGAGGGACGUGCAGUGGAUGCGAUCGAGCCAUGUUAUACAUCCCGAUGAGCG